AUGAAGGACGGAGGCAGUGCGUAUAGCGUGACGUUAGACACAUCUCUCAAGCCAUUUCCUUGGUUGGGGUUCGACUACAACGUCGGUGGCGUCAUCGCCGCAGCCUUUUACGGCUUCGUCGGCUCGCUCGCGUUUCAAACCAACGUCGUCCUCGUCAUGAAAUCCAUCGUCGUUGAGAAGGAAUUGCGAUUGCGAGAAGGGAUGAAGAUGAUGGGUAUGUCAAACACGAUGUUCUGGUGGUCUUGGUUCUUCACGCACUGGCUUUCGGCGAUGAUUUCCGUCGUCUUGAUCACGUUGGUCGGGAUUUACCCGUUUUCGUACACGAAUCAAUUCAUUCAAUUCAUCUUUUACACGUUUUGGGUGGCGUCUUUAACGCUUUGGAACUUUUGGAUCUCGACAUUCUUUUCCAAAUCGAUCACCGCCACCAUAGUCGGCUGUUUCGCAUACGUCCUCACCAUGGUUCCUUCCAUCGCGGUCCGCAUCACGCAGCCCGAGGGCAGCGGCGCUUGGAUCUUAGCGUGCAUAUUUCCAUCCGGGGCGAUGAACAUGUGGGGCGCGGCGCUGGCUAUUCUGGAGGUGAAUAAGAAGGGUAUCACGAUGGAGACAUUCAACGAAGACGUAACGCUCAAGGGGAACGUCACGUGCGCUGGUAUCUUAGGCAUGGUGAUUUUCGAUUGCUUAUUUUACGCGUUUCUCACCUUUUACUUCGACGCCGUGUGGAAAACCGAAUACGGCACGCGCCAGCCUCCUUGGUUUCUAUUCACGCGUAAGUACUGGUGCGGUGACGCGUCGAAGGUCAUCGAUGAUGAAACGCUUGGAAUGCACGAGCAAGAGUCUGGGGACGCCGUCGAGCCGCUCACGAAGCAACAGAUGAAGUCAGCCAGCGUCGUCGUUCGCGGUUUGACGAAGAAGUUUGGCGACGAAGUCACUGCGGUGGAUAAUUUGAGUAUGACCUUUGUUCCUGGCCAAGUGAGUGGAUUACUUGGUCACAAUGGUGCUGGUAAAACGACGACGAUUAGUGUUCUCACGGGUAUGAUUGAACGGACCUCUGGUCGAGCGACUAUUGACGGGUACGACACCAAAACCCAGAUGCGAGAAAUUCGCGCCGGUCUCGGUAUCUGCCCUCAAUUCGACGUCCUUUGGCCGACACUCACGGUGCGCGAACAUUUACAAUUAUACGCCGCAUUUGCGGGUAUGCAAAAAGAGGAUGUAGAACGAGAACUCAAGCAAGUCGUGGAAGAGGUUGCGCUGACGGAGAAGAUUGACGCGAACUCGAAGGAUCUAUCGGGUGGGAUGAAGCGUAAGCUCUCGCUCGCUAUUGCGUUUAUCGGCAGUCCGUCCGUAGUGUUUCUCGACGAACCAACGUCUGGGAUGGACCCUUACUCGCGACGAUUCACGUGGGACGUCAUUCGCAAACGAGCCGCCAACUGCACAGUCUUGCUCACGACGCACUUUUUGGACGAGGCUGAUUUGCUGUGCGAUCGAGUCGCCAUCAUGAGCGCUGGUCAUCUUGCAUGCAUCGGUUCGCCACUAUUCCUCAAGUCUAAAUUCGGCACUGGUUAUCUGCUCACGUUUGCGCGUCAUAGUCGCGCGUCAUCGACGCAAAUCGCGUCGAUGACGCAGCACAACUCGAACGCCAUGCUGCGAGUGAUUCAACACUUCGUACCCAAAGCCGUUGUUCACAGCGACGUCGGCGCCGAGCUAUCGUUUUCUUUACCAUUCGAGUCUACCGGCGACUUUUCUGCGUUAUUCAAGGCUCUCGAUGAGCAGAUCGGGAAUUUAGGGUACGCAAGUUACGGCAUCUCGUGCACCACGCUCGAGGAGGUAUUUCUAUCUCUCGCACAUGGGCCGGACAACUCUGGAACUACGUUCAUCGUUUCCAUGUUCGUCGUCAUGGGGCUCGCUGUUCUCAGUGCUGGGAUUUCAAUCUUUCCAGUGUACGAACGAUGCAAUAACUCCAAACACUUACAGCUCGUGAGUGGAAUCGAUAAACGAAUUUAUUGGCUGGCGCACUACGUCGCAGACGCCAUACAGCUCGUUAUUCCGUUCGCCGUCAUCGUCGUCAUUUUUGCCGGUUUCAAUGCGUCUUACUUCCAAGGUCAACUCGGGGCGAUCACUGUUUUGUUGGGUUUUUUCAUGUUGACCUCUAUUCCACACGCGCAUUAUCAAGGAUUUUGGUACACUAGCGAAUACUACACCUUUGUUGGGCAAAUCGGAACAAACACCACCGUUGGCGUGAUCACCACCAUCGCCGGUAUCGUCACCGAUGCCCUGAAAGACUUGAAUAAAGAGACGUUGUUGGUGAGCAAAAUCUUCAAUUACACGUUUCCGCUCAUCAUUCCGCACUUUAGUUUCGGGAAAGGUCUAUACGACAUCGCACAAAAUGGUUUGGACAAGACGCGGAAAAUUUUCCGCGAGGAUUGCAUGUGCCUCGUCCCCGUCGUACCAAAGGGUUCUUUCAACGUCAUCGCCGACGAUUUGGGCUAUUUGAUCGGAACAUUUUUCAUGUGGAGCGCUUUGUUGUUUUACAAAGAGUAUAAAGAGAUUUUCGCAAGUUGGAUACUGAUGAAACGUGGAAACUCGCAAGAGGUAUCGCCGAGCGUCGACGAAGAUGAAGACGUGCGAGCCGAGCGCGAACGCGUGCUCUCAGGAGACAUCGACGGUGAUGGCGUCAUCAUGGACCGCUUAUCCAAGACGUACAAAGGCUUGUCAGCGAGUUCUACAAAGCUCGCCGUUCGAAAUCUCAGCGUGGGUCUACAUCGCGAUCAAUGCUUUGGUUUGCUCGGCAUCAACGGCGCGGGAAAGACGACGACAUUCAAGAUGCUCACGGGCGAGUUCCCACCAUCUGCGGGUGACGCGAUCAUUCAAGAUCGAGACGGUGCGUCUCACAGUGUGCGUACUGAUCUUAACGACGCGCGACGAUUGAUGGGAUAUUGUCCUCAGUUCAACGGCUUGCAACCAAACUUUACCGCACGCGAGCACAUUGAAUUCUACGCCGCCAUUCGCGGAAUGCCGACGGAGAUGAUUCCGCGCGUGACGGAAGAUCUGCUGCAGCGUAUGGGUUUGACUUUGUAUGCCGAUAGACAAGCUGGAACAUACAGUGGAGGCAACAAGCGUAAGCUUUCUGUCGCGUUGUCGCUCGUCGGCGAACCAGAAGUCGUCUUCUUGGAUGAACCAUCAACUGGUAUGGAUCCCGAAGCGAGACGGUUCAUGUGGGACGUGAUCUCGUCCAUGAUGGUUGGACGCACGAUUGUUCUCACAUCGCACUCUAUGGAGGAGUGUGAGGCACUCUGUAAUCGCAUCGGUAUCAUGGUGAGUGGCGAGUUCAAGUGUCUUGGCUCCUUGCAGCACUUGAAGUCGCGCUUUAGUGAAGGAUACUCCAUCGAUCUGCGCUUUUCCGACGGAAAAGGAAACGCCGUUAUGGAAGCGCUACGAGCCAAACACGGAGACAUUGGAGCGGAGAUAGUAGAAACACACGCCACAGAAAUUAAACUUCGCGUGAUGAAUCCCGAAAUGAAACUUUGGCGUAUUUUUGACGCCGUCGAAGCUUUGAAGCAGUCGGACGACGACGGCGCAAGAAUUGACGACUACUCCGUGUCGCAGACGACUUUAGAGCAGGUCUUCAUCCGAUUUGCAAAGGAGCAAACCGAGGAGAUACACGCGGCACCGGGAUUACAGUAG